AGUACAUACUUUCAUAUGGCUGAUUUCACUGCGGAUGAUGCAACAAGUUUUGGUUGGGCUGUGGACAAUGCCAUAAGGAGUGAGACUGCGUCAAAUUUGGGAGCAUCCCCUGCCCAUAGUUUUGCUUCGGUAGUGGACUAUGCAUUGAGAAGUAGUUCUGCUUCUGAAGCAGAUUUGCACCCCAGUUUUGGUUCGAGAGUGGACUAUGUGAUAAGGACUAGUAAUGGAGAAAGAACAGGUGGGCGCGCUGAAGGGUCAUCACCAGAAGCUUCCAAUGUCACAGAAAAUGUUGUUAAAGGCUUCCAAUUAUUCAGCAAGGCUGAGCUUGUAGCAGCGACCAACAAUUUCUCACUUGACAACAAGAUUGGUGGUGGUGCUGUGUUCAUAGGCAAACUCCUUGAUGGUCGUGAGGUUGUAAUCAAGAGGGGUCAAAAGGCCUCAAUUAAAUCUAAAUUGGCCUUCUUGUCUCGCCUACACCACGAGAACUUGGUUGGACUAAUUGGGUUCUGCGAAAGGAGACAUGAGAAGCUCUUAGUGUAUGAGUACAUGAAGAAUGGUUCAUUGUAUGAUCAUUUGCAUGAGAAGAAGAAUGUGGAGAAGGGUAGCAGUGUGUUGAAUGAUUGGAAAAUGAGGAUAAAAAUUGCUUUGGAUGCUGCCCGGGGAAUACAAUAUCUUCGUAACCAUGCAGUUCCUUCAAUUAUUCACAGAAACAUAAUCUCUCCUAAUAUUCUUAUUGAUGCUACUUGGACGGCAAGAGUAUCAGUAUCAGACUUUGAAUUGUGUUUGAUGAGUUCAGAAGUUGACCGUGAUCACCCACUUGGAUACGGUUUAGAUGUAUUGACGGGAAAGAGUGAUGUGUAUGGGUUUGGAGUUGUACUGCUGGAACUUUUAACAGGAAAGAGAGCUAUAUUCAAGUAUGGCGAAGAUGGAGGCAUAUUUGGAACUUUUAUGAGUGUGGUGGACUUUGCAGUGCCUCGUAUUUUGGCCGGAGAAUUGGUUGAAAUUUUGGAUCCAAGGGUUGGACCACCUGAUGUGGACGAGGUAGAUGCAGUUGAAUUAUUGGCCUAUUUAGCUAUCGAUUGUGUGAAUUGGAAAGGGAAAGAUAGACCAACCUUGUCUGUCAUUUUGGUCCAUUUAGAGAGGAGAGUUUCGUAUUUUGAAUCUAUACUUUAGAAAUAUAAGAGAUAUGUAUUUUU